AUGGCGCCCCCUAAAUCAUAUGCCGAGAUCGUACAGGGUGCGCGUCGUGCUCCUCCUCCCCCAGCGCCGCCCCUCCCAGUGCUGUACCCGUCCACCUCAUCCUCGAGGACGGUGGAGGUGGCCGCCGCCACCGAGCAGCAGCCAGAGCAGCAGCAGCAGCAACAGCCACAGCCGCAGUCACAGUCACAGCCGCAGCCGCAGCCUGGUGUCGGUGGUACUGCGACCAGCCGAUCUUAUGCGUCGGCUGUCAAGGGCAGCCACAGCCCACCACCACCUCCUCCACCUCCUCCACCUCCGCCGCCGCCGCAGCAGCAGCAGCAACAAAGACAGCCAACACCACCACCGCUGUCGCCAUCACCACCACAAGAACCAUCGCCAUCACCACAAAAGAUGGACUACAAGGUCUCAAAGGACCUUCCGGCGGUGCCUGCGCCUGCGCCUGCCCCGGCGGCCGCGAACGCACCAUCUGGUGCGAACGCGCACCUCUGGGCAAAGCCCGACGGCCAUGACCUGGUCGUCGUCUGCGGGAAGAACGGGUGGAUGGUCCACCGACAUGUUCUGGUGGGCAUGUCGGAGGGGUGGAUGGAGAAAUACCUUCCACCAGCGAACGACGAUGGCACUCCAGUCUACUGGAUGCUGGACCCUGUUGCCUGGAACCCAGGCAGACUUGAAGCGAUUCUUCGCUUCAUGUACCUCGAAGAGUACCCGGGGGGUCGUUACGACCCCAAGAAGCCCUUGGCGACGGAGUGCAUCAUGCACAACGUCGCCCACUACAUCGCUGGCGCUGCUGUGCUCUGUCGUCCAAUGAUGGACUAUGCGCUCGACCGUGUCGAAGAGGCAACGGCCGAGAUCGUCAAGAAGCUGCCCAGCCUCCGACACGCCCAGCUCGAGAGCUUCGAGUACGGAAUCCGCAUGGCGCUGCUCAACAUGUACGCCGAGCCUGACCAGUGGCGGAUCCGAGCACUCCGCAUUGUCAUUGGAAAGCUCAUGGCCGCCUGCUUUCACAUCAUCCUCCAGAGCCCAGGCUGGGCUCAGAAGUUCGAGAAGCUCUGGGGCGCCCUCCGAGUCCGCGUCGUCGCUGACCACAAGUGGCUGUACCAGGCGGAGCUGUGUGAGAGAAACGCCGUCAUCAUGUACGGAUUCGAGAACAUGAGGAUCCUCUGGGCGAACUAUCGGGGCGGAAAUUGGCAACCUGCGGACGAUCUCAUGUUCCCAGAGGACCAGGUCGACACCCUGCCAAAGCCACCACCCCAGUCCCCUCCCUCCACUCCCCCCCGCAAGAAGAAGAUGUCCAAGGCCAUUCCCAUCAUCAGCCCUGGCGGAACGAUCGCUCCCCGCCCCAGUACCAUCCCUCGCGGCCGAGGCAGAGGACGAGGUGUGCCCACCGGGCUUGUCGAGCCAGCCCCUCAACCUGCUCGUGGCAAAGGAAAACAAGUCAAGAAGGCCCAGGGCCCCGAGAAAGCUGCUACCGGGCCUACUGAGGAAGCUGCACCAUCGUCGACCACCAACGCGGCACCAACUAUAACCCCUGGAGCUAGCAAAGAAGGUGGCCCAUCUUCCGCCGCCUCUCGAGACGAUCCAUUCGCCUCUGAUGCCGCCAAUAUUGCCUACUGGGCUAAAAUCGCUUCCCACAAGGCGUACCUCAUCUCCCACCCGCCCGUCGUCUUCUUCAUCGGCGCUGUCCGCCACCGCCGAGCCUUUCCUCCCAGGCGGACCACUGCAUUCAGCCGAGUCUUCCGCCCGCAAGCUCCCCCGUCCCGCCUGGCCGAACUGUACGACAUCGAUGACGAUGAGCUGGACAAACACCAGGGAAAAGGCAAGGGAAAGGAGGUUGCAGGCCCCGCCACACCUGGCUCGUCAUUCAGCCACAGCGAGGGUAUGGAGACGACCAGUGAGCCGUCCAGCCAGCAGCAGGCCACCGGACAGAUGACGCUCGACCUCUCGUCCCUCGACUUCAGCAAGAACGACGACGAGAAGACGCCGUUCUGCCUCACCCUCCCACGGAAGCCAGAGUGA